UCCUCGCGGUGUGGGCGGAGCUUCUCUGACCCGCAGUUAAUCCAACAGGGAUUGGUUUGAAAUCAGCGGAGUGGAGAAAGGAAAGAGGAAUGACGGAGCCCACUGUUUAAACUUCAGAAACACGGACAUUAGACAACGCUAAUGCACAGAGGAGUAACAACAGGAUAAUAUAGAAGUUGUUUAACAUGAGACUCUAACUUUGGAGCUGAGUUUUGUUGGGGGAGACGCAGAGGUAUACGGGACAGUCCGUCGAGGGCUCAACAUGGAUGUUCGGGGAGCAGCGGUGCGGCUCUGAGGCUGUUUUCAGGGUCGUUUCUGGUCGUGAGUUUGGAGACGGAGCCGAGGAGCAUUUCCAAGCAGGAGGCUGUUUGCAAGGAUAAGAAAAAUCCAAGUCUGUGAAUUGUUGAAGGCUAUAAUUAGCUACGAUGUUGAAGCUGUGGAGGCGAGACGUGCCGCUCUCAGAGAGGCUGGGGGAGGACUCUGUCCUGGCGGCAGUACCAGCCCCCCCACCAACAGCAGCCCCAGUGGGCCCCAACAUUUCAUGGCUCCCUGAAGCCCCAUUGCUGAGCCCAGACCAGCCCAUCUUCCUCAUGACUCCCGCAGCGCAGGCUGUGUCUGGCUUCUUUGUCUGGACCGCACUCAUCCUCACCUGUCACCAGAUCUACAUGCACCUACGUUUCUACAGCUCACCCCGGGAGCAGCGCCACAUCGUACGCAUCCUCUUCAUCGUUCCUAUCUACGCCUUUGACUCCUGGCUCAGCCUCCUCUUCUUCACCAACGACCAGUACUACGUGUACUUUGACACCGUCAGGGACUGCUACGAGGCAUUUGUGAUUUACAACUUCCUGAGUCUGUGCUAUGAAUACCUGGGAGGAGAGAGCGCCAUCAUGGCGGAAAUCAGAGGAAAACCCAUCGAGUCCAGCUGUAUGUACGGUACCUGCUGUCUAAGGGGAAAGGCCUACUCCAUCGGCUUCCUGCGGUUCUGUAAGCAGGCCACUCUGCAGUUCUGCGUGGUCAAACCACUUAUGGCCGCCAUCACCGUCAUCCUUCAGGCCUUCGGCAAAUACAAGGACGGAGACUUCAAUGUUGCCGGCGGCUACCUCUACGUGACCAUCAUCUACAACAUCUCCGUGAGCUUGUCUUUGUACGCCCUCUUCCUCUUUUACUUCUCCACCAGGGAGCUGCUCAGCCCGUACAGCCCCAUGCUCAAGUUUCUCAUGGUCAAGUCCGUCAUCUUCCUCUCCUUCUGGCAGGGCAUGCUGCUCGCCAUCCUGGAGAAGUGUGGGGCCAUCCCUCAGAUCAACUCGCUGGAGGUGUCUGUCGGCGAGGGGACGGUCGCUGCCGGCUACCAGAACUUUAUCAUUUGCAUUGAGAUGUUCUUCGCGGCGCUGGCUCUGCGCCACGCUUUCACAUACAAUGUCUACAUGGACAAGAGUCUCGAUUCCCAAGGCCGCUGUGCCCCCAUGAAGAGCAUCUCCAGCAGCCUGAAGGAGACCAUGAACCCGGGCGACAUGGUGCAGGACGCCAUCCACAACUUCUCCCCGGCCUACCAGCAGUACACCCAGCAGUCCACACUGGAGCAGGGGGCCCCGGCGGCCGCCUCCCGCGCACACAGUGCCGUCGGCGGCCGCGGGGACACAGAGAAGACCCUCCUGCUCAGCUCCGACGACGAGUUCUAGCGCCGAAUCUGAUUCGGAGCGUUUUCUGUGCUUCAUCCUUUUCGUUGUGUGAGUGAUUAGAGAGAUGUGCGUCUGACGUUUCUGAUUUUGAGACUGAUCACGAAUGCGAGGACCUUCCCGCAGCAACAUUUAUGUACCCACAUUUACUAAGGGUGUCUUUUCGUUGGUACACUUUAAGCCAAUUUUUUGUUUUUUCAAAGUUGGCCAGGAAAUGAAAAGGGUUGUGUUGAGUUUGGAAAGUUUGUGAGUCACACUCUUGCAUACUGAGUCAUACUUGACUCUUGGAAUGAAAGUUUUCUGGCUUUGAUGAAUUUCCCAUUUCCGCUCAUUCUUGUGGCAAUGCAAUCGUCCCAAUGGAUUUUUAUUAAUUUCUUUUAAGGACCUGAAUUGGUUUGUAGUUUUGAAGAUUGUUAUUGGCUGUGUUUAACAAGCCAUAAAAAUCCUUAAAGUUUAAUUUUAAUUAUUUUCUCCAUGACUGGAAAUACAAAAUAUCAUUACGGUUUUGAUCUUUUAGUUUUGUGAACUUAUUAAUUUGCAACUAUUUAACAAAUUAUGUAGUCUGCAAAUACAUUUUUGUGCUUCAAACAGAAGCUGUUUUCAGUAUCGUAGCAGUCUUUUUGUACAGUUAUUACAAAAUACAAGGGGAAUGUAUGUCUAGAUGAAUUGUAAAAGAGCUUGGGGGGGACCCUGGUGCAUUGUGGGAUUUUAAGGGGCAUCCUUCACUGCAUUGUGGGGAUGGAUUUAAAGGGAAACCAAUUCAGAAACAUGAGUUUGUCAAUUGUAUGGAUCAAUGUUGUUAUUGAUAUUUGUGGAGCAGAUUAUAGAUUAUACAGUACAUCUGCUGCAUAACUGAAGGGCCACAGCAGAGUGGGUCAGGAUUACAGUACACUGGUGUAAUUCAAUGGCUGGGAUUAAAGCUUGCGCCUGUUCACUCAGAGUGGACCGCUGCAGACCACAAUGUAGGUUAACUGGAUUGAGGGAUAAACAAGAGAGGAAUAUAGGUUAAAAAUAACUGUAGGUGCUUGUUCUCAGUCGAGGAGCGCUAUGAAAGGAAUUAAAUAUUUUCUCUGUUCAUAUAUGUACGCUAUUCCAAAUAUUUAUGUCAAAGUGAAAUUCUAAUUGUCUCACUUGUGUGUGCGUGAAAGGAAUUGAUAGCGCUAUUGUGCAUACUUUUCUGGUAUUCAGAAGGGAAGCCUUUGCAGCAAACAACCGAGGACCAAUCGGAUUACCAGCAAAUGUUGGGUCAGUCGCUACCCAACAUUUUAAUAUUCAUGCCAACUGGAGAACUCUAAUGUAACUUUUAUAUAUUUUUUUUCUUUGAUAACUAGAAGAUUGAUCAAAGUACUAGUUAAAAAUAAGUUUUUUUUAAAUUUAUUUUUUUAUCUUUUCAUCUUUACAAUAUAGUAAAUAUUCCCUGUUCAAACAAUAACGUGUAAUACGUAAACAUAUUGCAUUUCUUUGACUCCAAUGCUCUUCCAGGCAUUCUUGUCUUGUAAAUUUGCACCGCAGGCAGAGCUGGUUAUUUUUAAAAAAAGACACAAAUUGAAGUCCUUGAGUCAUCUGAAUGAGUCACACGGAGUCUGCCACCGUGUUUAUUUACUGUCCCCACUGUCACUGCGCCGCUGUAGCUGCGCAUGAACACCAGGGGGCCGCGUGGAAACGACGUGGACUCCUUCUCACUCUUUAUCUGAGGGCAGACAGGCAGUUAUCUCACACGUUAAGCUUGGUGCACAUGCAACUGCUUUGUCUGAGCACCAGUCUGUCACUUCUUUUAAUCCUCCCGUCGCUCUGCGUGUUGCCAUCACAGGAAAGAAGCCAGCCUCAGACGAUGGUCGUGGGUCUUUUUUUCAUUUUUAUUUCUGCUUCUGCCUGACAGAAUAUUGGUUUUAAAUAGGACAGAAGCCACGUCUGUGCACAGGCGCAGGGUGCUAUUUUUAGACGGUGCUCAGUGUUGUCUGGAUAAUUGGGCUCCUAUACAUGUUGACAUGAACACACACUGACGGAGCUUUAUCCAGAUACACACUGUGUGUUAACUAUGUGCAGUUUCUUGUCCAUAUAAAUGCAUUUUUAAUGCAGAGCUGCCAAACGACAGUGCCGAUAUUUCUGGGUUGAAGAAUACUUUUUUUUAUUUUUUUGCAACGUUGGUGUGCUUCUUUAAAUUGUGACAUUUGGACACACUUUGAAAGCUUCAUCCUCUUUCUCUUAAGCGUAAAGAUGUAUAUGAAUCUAGCUGCAGACUAAUGUUGUACAUUAGAGGUUAAAGUCUUCAGGAGGACAAGUAGUGAUGAGUGUUGAAAGUCAUACAAGCUCUAAAGAGAAGGGAAAAAUACAUAGUUUUGUAAUUUUACUUUGUCUUUUUUAUUUCUUUGUAUAUGAUAAAGCUGCUCAUGAUGCUGUUAUUUCAUGUCAAAUGGAGAAUAUAUAAUAAAAGAUAUUUAGACUAA